UAAAGUAAAGCGGCAGAGGCUUGUAGUGUGCAAGCAGGCAGCUCUUUCCAAAUGAAUCGCAGUUAAUAACGCAACAAAUUUAUAUUUUUAAGGCCGUUAAAUAUAUCAUGUUCGUCAUAGUUUAAACUGAGUUGAUAUUUUUUGUUUUUAGCUGCCUAUAGGUCGAGUAUUUUCUAUAUUUUCUUUGAACCAUCGUGGAUUGUAAAGUGGACGUUUGAGUCUGGUAUAUGCGGUGAAACAUUUCUGUCGUCAUUCAACAUCCAAUACAUACCCCAUCUAAACAUCAUGCCAUUCCCAUUUGGGAAGUCCCAGAAGAGCCCUGCAGAGAUAGUGAAGAGUCUAAAGGAGCAUGUGGCAUACUUGGAAAAGUUGGAACCCUCUGAAAGCAAAAAAUGUGAAAAGGUUGCAGAGGAAGUAUCAAAAAACCUAGCGUCAUUGAAAGAGGUGCUGUGUGGCACCGGAGACAAGGAGCCUCAGACUGAAGCAGUGGCUCAGCUUGCUCAAGAGCUGUAUAACACCAACCUCCUCAUUUCCCUCAUAGCCAAUCUGCAAAGGAUUGAUUUUGAGGGAAAGAAGGAUGUGGUUCAUUUGUUUAGCAACAUAGUACGACGCCAGAUUGGUGCUCGCACCCCAACUGUAGAGUACAUCUCUUCCCACUCGCAGAUCCUCUUCAUGCUGUUGAAAGGCUAUGAAACCCCAGAAGUGGCUCUUAACUGUGGCAUGAUGCUGAGGGAGUGUCUGCGUCAUGAACCUCUGGCCCGAACUAUUCUGUUCUCAGAAGAAUUUUAUUGCUUCUUUCGCUAUGUGGAGCUGUCUACCUUCGAUAUUGCCUCCGAUGCUUUUGCGUCCUUUAAGGACCUACUGACAAGACACAAGAUCAUGUGUGCAGAUUUUCUGGAGACGAAUUAUGACAGAGUGUUCACAGAGUAUGAGAAGCUUCUGCAUUCUGAAAAUUACGUCACAAAGCGUCAGUCUUUAAAGCUCUUGGGAGAACUGUUGCUGGACAGACACAACUUCACAGUCAUGACCAAAUACAUCAGUCGAGCUGAGAAUCUGAAACUGAUGAUGAACAUGUUGAGAGACAACAGCCGCAACAUCCAGUUUGAAGCUUUUCAUGUCUUUAAGGUGUUUGUGGCUAACCCAAAUAAGACGCAGCCUGUGAUGGACAUCCUACUCAAGAACCAGUCCAAGCUUGUGGAGUUCCUAAGCCACUUUCAGACAGACCGUUCUGAGGACGAGCAGUUUUGCGAUGAGAAGAACUAUCUCAUUAAGCAGAUUCGGGACCUCAAAAGGCCUGUACCUGCAGAAGAGUCAUAAAAGAAAGCGGGAAUAAAAACCAGGGAGCCUGGCUAGUGAUGUGGUUUGUUUACGUGGGAAUUUAAACAAAAUAAGUUAAAGAAAGAAAGGCAUCGCAUAGGACUAAAUCUAUUUGUAUCCAGAAAUCUAAAACAGGUAGAGAAAUGUUUUUGUCUGUAUGUGCAAACUCUUGUCUUUCUCUUUACUUGGGGGCAGGCAGGCUUUUGAUGUGAGAGAAGUAAGUGGAAACCAAGCACUCCAUUUAUCGCCAAAUUCUUCUUCUUUUUUUUUAUAAAGAUAUUAAUACUGUUGUUAGUGCAACGUUUAUAAAAAUAGUUUAGCUUCGGUCACGUUUUUUUAAGAUAUGAAGUUAAAACAAUUGUAUUGGUACAUGUAUGGCUUGGCAUAUUUGCACUGAAUCUUGUAGAUUUGCUCCAGGAAGGCCAUUAUUGCCAGUUCAGACUCAUAAAAGAAAAUCGAAUUGUACAAGCAUUAAAAAAGCGACAUGGUGGGAGACAACAGUAACUUAUAGGUCAAUCUUUCAUUACAAAAACCCAAAUUAACUGUAUACACAUACAUUAACCUGUCAAACUAAGUGAGAUUGAAAGUAUACCAUAGCGUUUAGUUGUCAUUAUUCUGCGCUCAAUUUCCAUCUCAACUCGCUGCCUUAUUUAAGUACAGUAGCUUGGUCAAUUUGGGUCUUCUAUUACAAUUUUAUUUAUCUAUAACAUUGGAUUUCUAGUAAUAUUCUGUAUUUGCUUGGGCUAACACUUAUAGGAUUAGUUUCAUUUAAACUCUUAAAGAUAUAUAUAUAUAUAAAACGACUCUUUUAUAGACACAAUAGAUUUUAAAUAUUUUUCUAUGAACCAUGGAAGGAAUUCACGGUUCAUAGACAUAAGUGAUAGCAAAUGGUACACAAUUACAGUGCAAGACAUGAUAACCCAUACCCACACACUGUAAUAUUGAAAAGAUGUCAACUGCUUGAACUGGGUAUGUCGUGACAUCCCUUAUGCUACAGUUUGAUGGACAGCUCAGACAAGCCAAUGAAAAUUUUAACAGAUGGUUGCAAUAGGAAAGACUGUUUUAACAAUUUUCAUGUCUUGCACUGUCAAACUUGAAUGAGCCAAAACUGUGGUAACACACAUUGUAUCUUAUGCCUUCAAUUUCAGUACCUCUUGGGGGUUUUGGAUGAAAUACAUGAUUCUACUGAUGUUCAUUUUAAUCAUUAGUCUCUAUACCUUAAUUUGAAUUAUAUAUAUAUUUUACAUACUUCGGUUUGCACAAAGUCCUUUCUCAUAUACCUCAUAGGUUUUAAGUGCUGUUUAUUUUUCACUCGGCAUCUGUUUCAUGAUAUUAUUGUGUAUGUGGGGUGGUAGUCUAAAUUAUGCAAGCAAUACAACAUGGUUUUAAAAUGCUGGAAAGGACCUACAAGGGAAACUAUUUCUGUUUUGCAGUUAAUGGAUACACAGAACAUCACAGGUGUGAGAAGAGCACUCACUGUUUAUUUAUAUGAGCCACAGUUUUACUUUACAGUUUAAACGGAUUACGAAUGUCAGCUCAUCACCAAAAGCAAAUUUUUGAAAGCGGUUUGACUUGCAUGUGGAUAUAUUGUAUUGUUUUUGGAGGUGCAAGUAUGAGGAAGAAAACCAGACAAGCAGCCAUACUUUGCUUUUAUUAACAACACGGAGUAUUAAAUCACAUUGCUUUUGUCUUGAACCAUAGCAUAUACGUAUUUAUCUGCCUUUUCCCCCCAAAAGUAUAGUUAUUGAAAACAAAAUAUUACCUUUGUUUCAAGAAUGGGUGUUUGGCCAGAUGUAAUAAGGGCUUUACAGACAGCAUUUGUCUUAGAUAAGUUAAUAAAUGCUUUGUACCUUCAGAUUUUCCAUUCAGGUGAUUUUAGAUAAAGAGAUUGAAAAUGUUACAGUAGAUCUUUGGCAAGUUAAUAUUACAUCCACCUUAUAUUAACUUCAGCAUUUGACUCAAUGUUUGCUAUGUUAAAUUGUAUUUGUUGCCUUUUUUGCUCAUUUCCUUUUCAGUUUCCUGUUAUAUUAUUUUCUACUGUGGGAGAGGAUUAUAUAUGUACAUAGUUUUAUUUUAAAAAAGCUAGCUAAAGUGUGGCGGCAUAUUGAAAAUAAAAUAAGCAAUGGCA